CCUAGCUAUGCACUUGGCGCUAGAAUUCUGCCUGCCGGGCUUGCUGUGACUUGCUGAUCAAUCUCCAUGUGGCACGGCCUAUAAUGAUGCGUUAGCCACAGUGUGGGCGCGGUCCGUCUGGCAGUGGAUGUGACAAGCAAGUACGCCACAUAUGCUCACGCAUGCCCUUUCACCAAACUUUGUAUAGAUCUGGACUAUAUAUAACAUACACUAUACCUCAAUGCUUAAAGCUCGGGAUCUUUUGUAACUUCCUAGGACUCGUUCUUGUCUUCUCCAUGUCCGCGAACAAACCGGAACCUGCACUGAAUGAUGCAUGCAAUGCUACAGCGAGUGAUGCGUGCAAGGCUACGGACAGAGGGAAAGGUACACCGUCGCUGAGUGCAGCGGAGGGAGUGGACAAUGGUACUCCAAAGACCUCCGCGGUUGCAGCCUGGGCAGCUCUUAUCUCGACCCAAUCACAGCAUCCAAGCUUGGGCCUGUGUGGAGGUCAAGCAGCCAUAUGGCACGACCCAGCCACUGGAGGACUGUCGCUGUGCCAUGGGUCAGGUCGAAGCAAACAGCUCUGCCGUCUCGAGGUGGUGAAACCCCCGGUGCCGUCUCUGGGCCCUCCCAUCGCCUUGCUGACUGCCCUCGUCCCCCACGUCCUUAACGUGGACUCCCGCUUGCUGCUGGAGGGGCAGAGUGCCGCGCUACGUAGCGGCUCCGAAAUCAAAAUCCGCCUCAGCGCCUUGCCCGGAUUCUCAUCCCCAUCCCCGCCCGGAUACCGAGCCGGGGGAUCUUCCAGCACCGGCGGCACAGUAUGCUUCCUCUUUAACCCGCUGAACCUGGCUGCUUAUGAGGAAGUAGGCGGUGCUGCAGGCGCCGCUUCGGUGGAGCCGCCGUCAGCGGUUGCUGGCACCGCCGGCGCCGACGCAACCAGCAGACUGCGGCGGUUGGAAGCCCAGGCGGCCGCCAUCCGAGCAGCGCUGGUGCGGUCAGCUCGGCAGCUGGCGGCGGAGGCGCAGGCGGAGGCGGGGGCGGCUGGUAGUGAUGCCGCCGCUUCACUGCCAUACAGUCAUGUGAAACCGUCGCGGCAUGGGCCGGGGGACCCGCGACUCGCGGCAGGCGCACUACCAUCGCCACAUGCAGAGGCGGCGGUCGCUGACACCGCACCCCUCAGCGAUGCGCCCGCCUGGCCGUCGCAUCCCCACAGGCACUCGCUUUCGCAGCCUGGCAACUCGGGCUUUGCCGGGGGGGCUGCAGCGGGUGCAAACGCGCCUCUGGGGCAGCUUGGAGGCAGCUUGGGGCGCCUUCUCUCCGCCCUUACCGCUGCAACCGCACCCAAGCAGCAUCCACAGCCCCCGCCAACGACCCAUCCACAGCUUCCACCUCGGCUACAGCAACCGCAGCAACAGCUCCCAGGUCCGCGAUUGCAUGGUCGCGGAGGGCAGGCAGGCCGGGAGCAGCCCACCGCUGCCGAUGCAGCUGCCGUCGGGGCCAAUGCGACCGGACCCGCAGGUAGCAUGUGGUCCCAACUGUCAGGCCUCUGCGAAUUACUGUCCGCCGCAGCGCCGCCGCCGCCGCCACCUCCCGUGAACGCCGCUGCGGCUGCCGGCGAGGGCGCACCGGAGCUGCAGCCGCUGAAGAUGCUGCGGGAGGUACUGGACGAGGUGCUCCUGCUGGGCCGCGGGGGUGAACCGUCUGCGGCUGGCGGGGCGGCGGCGGAAGGGCCGUCAGGAGGCACUUCAACUGCAGGUAAUGGGGGCACCCGGCCCUUGGAGGAAGCGGCAUGGUGUGAGCUUCGGCCGGAGUGGCUGCACGCGGCUGCGGGACCGAGCGGCUCCACUGCAGCGGGCGCUGCAGCCGCAGCAGCACCCGUAGCCGCACGGCCUGCGAGGGAAGCAAGCAGGAGCUCGGGCCUUGACCAUGUUCGCGGCAACCUGCACAAGCUGCAGUCCAUGAUGGCAGAGUUCGAGGCGGAACUCGCAACUGGGUUGGCGUCGUCCGUUGCUGAAGUGGACGAAGGGCGUGUGAACCGGCAAGACGCGCCUGUCCCUGCCCCUCCGCCUCCGCCUCCUCAGCCAUCAGCGCUUGCAUCAUCGUGGACGUCGGGUGAGCAGGGCUCCCUGCCGCGUCGCUUGGUGCCGGGAGCAUUCUCAUCGCCGCCACCGCGGCCGCGGCAGGUCGCACCUGCUAGCUCCGCUGCAUGGCAGCUUCCGUCGCUCUGGUCACAGCUUGGAAAGGCACACCUGCCACAACGGGAGCAGCAGCAGCAGCAGCGGAGUGAGUCAGCCGCCGCGGCUGAGCCAUCUCAGCAGGGGGUGUACGGCAAGCCACUAGGCGACUUUGCGGCGCUGGAGGCCUUGAUACGUGGGGUGUUACAGACGCCGGACGCAGCGGAGGCGAUAGAGGCGGCAUUUGGGAUGGCGGAGGCAGCGGCUGAAGUGGCGAAGAGGAAGGCUGAACUGGCGAAGACGAAGGCUGAACUGGCGGAGGCGAAGGCUGUGGCCGCAGCGGCGGCGGCGGCGGCGACGGCAGAGGCUGCAACGGCGGCGGCAGAGGCUGGGAAGGCAGGGCUGGAGCUCUUGGCCGCGGCGCCGGUGCCUGGGAAGGCGGGUGUGGCGGAUCCGUUGGUGGGUGGAGGCGUGUCGGCAGCUGUUGGCGAGGCGGGCGAAGGUGGGUCAGCUGCCAUGGCGUUUGAGUUUGACACGGCGGCGGCGGGAGAGGCGGUUGCCGCUGCAUCGCUACAGGACGGGUCUCCGGUGAUGGAGGGUGAGGGCGACGGCAUGGAGGUGGACGCGGACAAGGUGGUUUCGGAGGCUGCGCUGCUGACAGGCCCCGAGGAGCCGAGCGGUGGUGGCAGCGGCGGCGGCAGCGCCACAGCAGGUGCUGCUGCUGCAGGCGCCGCAGCUGCCUCCGCGCCUGCUGCUGCUGUUGCUGGUCAUGGGACGUCGUCGCUGCCAGCCCUUGCACCGCCAGGCCUGUCGGAAGCUGCGACCGACACCGUGGUUACGACCGGUGCUGGUGUCGGUGCUGCUGCGGGUUCUGAUCCUGAAGGGGCGGUGGCGCCAACGCCUCUGCGUGCCGGCCCGCCGCGGGAGCCACUACAGCAAAAGGAACAGAAGCAGGCCGACUCACCCCCUGUUGCUGCUGUCGCUGACCCCGUCCCGUCUCCAACGGCUGCUGCUGCCGCCCCCGCCGCGGCUGCUACGCCUAUCGCACCCCCGGCUGCGGCACCGCUGCAAAGCGAGUUGGUCGCCAAGCGGGUAGCCGCCUUCCGCUCGGAGCUCUCCUCCCCGCACGCGCUGACCCCUCCCGAGGCGCUCCCCGUCGACCUGGACAGCCUGCCGUACUACCUUGGGCAGGGAACCAAGGAGCGGCUGCUGGCCACUGCGCGGCUGCACCUGCACCACAGCCGCCUGGCGUCCUUCACCUCCGACCUGCCCUGCAUGAGCCCGCGGGUGCUGCUGGUGGGGCCGUACGGCAGCGAACUGUAUCAGCAGGCGCUGGUGUCGGCGCUGGCUGCCUCCUGCGGUGCGCAGCUGCUGGUGCUGGACAGAGCGGCGCUGGGGCUGCUGGAAGGGGC